GCGUGAGCGGUAGAGCGGCGGCGAGUGUGUGUCGGCAUAGAGCGAGCGAGCGAGCGAGCUAGGCGAGAGCGCGUGCGGUGGUGGUGGUGUGACGACUGGUGCCGUGGACGGACGGACGGACGGGUCGGUCGGUCGGUCGGUCGGCGGUCGGGCCGUGGUGUGUGGAAGGACGAAGGAAGGAAGGAAGAGAAACGAGGAGGAAGUGUGCAAAAUUCGCAAGUGCGCGCUGUGCCGGCGACGGUGAGAGAGGAGAGGAAUACGUUUGGGGAUUUGUGUGAGGGCAUAGCUCGCUGGCGGCGAUCCGAGGAAGGGAGAUUAUCGUCGCCGCCGUCGUCUCGAAGGGGUCUCGCGCGCGCCUCCACGGACCAGUGUGUCGUUGGGGAUCUCUGUCUGUCUCGUUCUUUUUUCCGUGUUCACUCUCUUUCUCUCUCUCUCUCACACACACUCUUUCCGUCUCCUUUUAUCUCUCUUUCUCUCUCUCUCUCUUUUUCUCUCCCCCUCACUCUCCGAUCGCCGGGGGGCCUGCCGCCGCGAGGACGUCGAGGGAACGACGACGCGUGGAAGUUUAACCGGGAGAAGAGGAGCGUGUCGCGAGGAGCACAAUGUCCGACCGGGAGAGCCUGGACGAUCAACCGCAAAAAUAUGGCAACCCAGGCGGUAUGGAUGCUGGAGGUGCUGACUUCGAUUCUGGUCAGCAAGGCCAGCAGAGCGAGCAGGAACUGGCGACAAAAAUGUUGCAAAUUCAAAGCAAAAGAUUCUACCUUGACGUAAAACAAAACAGACGUGGGAGGUUUAUCAAAGUCGCCGAGAUUGGAGCGGAUGGGAGAAGAAGCCAAAUCUACCUGGCACUUAGUACAGCAUCCGAAUUUCGGGACCAUUUAUCGACAUUUAGCGACUUUUACGCAUCCCUAGGUCCACCAAAUCCGGAAAACGUGCCAGACGACGGAAAACUCAAGUCAGAGAUGAUGGUGAAGGAUAAUAGGCGGUAUUACUUGGACCUCAAGGAGAAUUCUCGCGGCCGUUUCCUGCGGGUGAGUCACCCUGUGUCGCAGACGAUAACACGGGGAGGCCCCAGAACGCAGAUUGCGAUACCGGCGCAAGGCAUGAUAGAAUUUCGCGACGCGUUAACGGACCUUCUCGAGGAAUUCGGGACGGACGACGGUGGCUUCAAAGGCGACCUGCCGGAAGGCCGUUAUAUGCGCGUGGAUAGCAAGAAUUUCUAUUUUGAUAUCGGCCAGAACAAUCGUGGCAUCUACAUGAGAAUUUCUGAGGUGAAAACAAACUUCAGGACAGCCAUCACCGUGCCGGAGAAGUCCUGGGCCCGUUUCCGUGAUAUCUUCGCAGAUUACUGUGAAAAGAUGAAGGAAGGCGGCGCUGGCGGCAGCUCCACCGCCGGCGGUGGGAACGUAUUGUCCGAGGGGAAGGGUUCGGUGGUGGCACAGGUCGCAACGCAGCCGAAGUCCAUCAACGGCAAGACGGAGAAACGUCAGAGCGGUCAGCAGCAGCAGUACGAGUUCCCGAAAAGACGGAGGUCCUUGCCGCGCCAGGCGAAACUAUCCCCCGUCGAUCCUGUCAAAUCCAAUUCCGCCCCUGCCACCACCGACGCCGUAUCCUUGUCCUGCUCCGCUGUGACCGACAACAACAGCGCGAUGCCGGAGGCAAUGGAGUCUUGCGAAGAACAAUAAGCCCUAAAUCUUAUGGUGUGAUUAAUCAAUUCUCCGGUUACAGAUUCGUUGAUGAACUCGUUUUGCCCUUGCGUUGCGCGAGAUUGUUCGGAUUGGAAUUUUACUUUAUAUGGCGGGCGUUUGUCUUAAUUUAAGUGAAACGCAUACACGAUCGUUGGGACGGUUCAUGUCGAGAGUUCACGCCGGUUCUGUCGAAUCGUUUACGCCGGGAAACUCGCUUUCUGUCUUUUCGUUUUGCACAUUUUCCCGCGCCGUGCGUGCGGACGGAAAGACGUUAUUUUUCUUUCUUUUCCGAAGCGCCCGAAUGUUGCGAUAUAUUGUUUGUUUGUCAUGUUUUCUUUUUUUUUAUUAUAAACGUGCGAGCGUAUAAAAUACGGUGUUGAGGAUACGCGCUUUCGUUCGUUCUUUUCCUCGGCGUGCGCUUUGUGGCCCGAACGAAUAAAAAUCUGCCUGUAACACGGA